AUGCUUUCGUUCCUAUACCCUGCUAGUGCCCGUCGUCAUAUAAUCACAUACUCUCGUUCGAUUCCAACCCUUCUUGCAAAAACAACAACAUCAUCAUCAUCAUCAUCUCAGAGGAUUUCUACAAGACGGUGUUACUCUACCCAACCACCACCAUCGUCGUCAUCGUCAUCACCAACAUCACCAUCAUCAAAGUAUAACCUCGAACCUUCGAACGAACCAUGGCAAUACCUUCUUGGCGAAUCCACGGAGGAAGAGGAAGCUAGUCUACGGCCUCAGAGGAUUGAAUCGCCAUCGUUAGAACCAAACCAUGGACGGUCGUUCAAACCCCGAAACAACGAUUCACAGGGUUCAUACCGUCCUCCCUUCCGAAACGACCGUGCAGGAGGAGGGGGUGGUGGAGGAGGAGGAGGAGGAAGAAACAGUAGACACCGUUCAAACAGCCAAUCAUUCCCCGAAUCCCCACAAUCCUUCUCCCACCGUCGCUCAACCCAUCAAAACUACGAACGCGGAGUCUACACAAAACCGGAAUACAAAACCUCCCCGAAAGACGGAGUAGCCGAAGACCCCUCCCUAUCCCUCCUCAACCUCUCCAGUUCACCGCGUACAAAUAUGACAGAAAGAGAAAAAGUCAUUUUCGAUAUGAUAUUUGAUAAAUUACUACAAAAGUCAUCUUACGCUACCCCGGCUAAAAGGUUACAACAUAAUCGACCUUCACCUAUGGUUUCUGCACUUUUUGAAUCUGCUGUGGGACCUCAGAGUGGAGUUGAUGAUGAAGUUAGUUUUGGACCGGAAAGGAAUGGGGUUGAUGAAAAGAGUAGUAUGGAGGCUUUACUCAGUCGUGGGGAUUUCCCCGCUUCUUUAAGAUCUGCUGCUGCUGGGAAAUUGGGAUUGAGUAGGAAAGCUGUUGGGUUGGAUGCUAUCGAUGAAGAAAUGGAGAGUCCUGAAAGAAAAGCAGAGUAUGAGAAACUUUCUGGGAUGUUGGAGUUAUGUGGUAAUGAUCUGGAAGUAUGGGAAUGGCUUGAUGGUUAUAUCUUUACCAUGCCGUUUUCUCCGGAAGGGUUAACAGGUAACUAUCCGAAGUUACUGAAAGAAGCUAUAAAACUUCUGAGAACGGAAUACAACGAUUUUUCGGCUUGCACCGCCGUAUUUGAAAAAGUUAAGCAGUUGGGAACUGAGAGUUAUAUUAUCGGUUGCUCUGUGGGCGUUUAUAAUGAAAUGUUGGAAGUUAAGUGGAGGGGUUAUAGGGAUAUGAGUGCGGUUUUGGAUCUGUUGGAGGAGAUGAGGGUUAAUGGUGUCGAUGGCGAUGAGAUUACGGCUGGGAUUGUGGCGGAUGUGCUGAGUGAUGUUAGGGUGUUUGAGAGUAAUAGCUUCUUACCGGGGACGGUGAUGGUUUGGAGGACUGAGGGGGUCUUGGAGGGGAAGGAACGGUUGAGGGAGAUGAUGGGGGCUUUGGUGAGGGAAGGGGAUCAGAGGAUGUUAGGUGGUGAGGUGGUGAUGUGA